CUUACUGCUCCGCCCUUGUGUUCAGACGUGGCGCCGGGUCUGAACACUGAGUACCAGGACACUGCCUGUUAUAUAUCUACACAGAAAGCCACAAAAACAACCUAACUGAAGCCUGCAAAAACAUGUGGCGAAAGGCAGCAGGCGCUGCUCUGUUGGCCUUGGCUGUUGGAUACUUCUACCACACCAACCCUGAUUUGCCAGAACAAGUUCUCCAGUACAUAUCCCUGCCUAAUCCACCCAUUCAGAGUGAACCAUCCUUGGAGCAGGUUAUCUCCACUGCCUGGGACGCCAUAAUAACCGCCCCGGCUCGUCAAUGGGGCAGAGUGGCAGUAGGGGUGAAUGCGUGUGUAGACGUUGUAGUGUCGGGGAUUGGACUUCUGCAGGCUUUGGCUCAGGACCCUGGCAUGGGCCGUGACCAUGAGGUGUUACACUCCAAGGAGGACCUGAAAGAGGCUUUCAUCCACUACAUGGGAAGGGGUUCCGCUGCAGAGCGUUUCUUCGCCGACAAGGAAGUCUUCCAAAGGAUUGCACGGGCCGCUGCCGAGUACCCUGGUGCUCAGCUCUACGUUGGAGGAAAUGCUGCACUCAUUGGACAGAAACUUGCCACCUAUCCUCAACUGAUGGUUUUGCUAUGUGGUCCUGUUGGCCCAAAACUACAUGAGAUGCUGGAUGAGCAAAUAAUUGUUCCCCCUGAGUCCCUGCAGGAAACCGAUGAAUACCACCUGAUUUUGGAAUACAAAGCAGGCGAGCAGUGGGGUACGACGAGGGCUCCCCAAGCCAACCGCUUCAUCUUCUCCCACGAUGUGUCCAAUGGGGAGAUGAGCGCGCUGGAGACAUUUGUGGCCAGCCUGGAUGAGUUUGAGCCGGACCUGGUGGUCCUGUCCGGUCUCCACAUGAUGGAGGGCCAGGGGAAACCAAUGUGGGAGCGUAGGCUAAAAGAGGCGGUGGCAGCUAUCUCUGACGUCCGCAGUGCAGUCCCCGUCCACCUGGAACUGGCCAGCAUGACUGACAAAGAUUACAUGAACAGCAUCAUGCAAGAGCAGGUCAUGCCUAUCGUCGCCUCCAUCGGGCUGAAUGAGCAGGAGCUGCUGUUCCUGUCCCAGGCCGGUGCCGGUCCACACGCCGAGCUGCUUUCCUGGGGGGGGAUACCAGAUGUAGGUCGCGUCAGCGACAUUCUCCUGUGGGUCCUCGAGCAGCAUGGACGCAGCGACCCCCAGUCGGAGGCCGACCUGACUCGGAUCCACUUUCACACGUUGGCUUACCAUGUCCUGGCCACUGUGGACGGCCACUGGGCCAACCAGGUGGCCGCCGUGGCGGCCGGGGCACGCGUGGCCAGCAUCCAGGCCUGCGGCCUCCAAACCAUUGACGCCAGCAAGGUGGUUCUCAGGGCUCCGCUUGAGUUCCACAGCUCCCACAGCGAACCAAGGGAGAAGUUGUCCCUGAACCCGGCCGAGCCUGUCACCAUGUGGAAACGCCACAAUGUGACCUUUCACCUCGCACCUGUGCUGGUCUGCAAACAGCCGCUCAGGACAGUGGGGCUAGGAGACGCCAUCUCAGCAGAAGGGCUCAUAUACUCUGAGAUCAGGCCACAGCAGCCAAUUCUAUGAGCUCCUAUUCCAUGUCACUAGUUUUUGGUGACGUUCCCUGUAACCCCGUCCCUCAGUCCUCCAACCAGUGAUGUCUUGACCUGUUCUUUAGCCUUUUCUUGGGUUAAAAUUCUGAUCCUUUGUUAUUAAGUAUCAUGCACUGGGCACAGUUUUUAAGCCAUUUCUGGAAAAUCCAAGGUGGUAACCUUGGAUUUAAUUUGCCUUGUGAAUAUAAGUUGGACACGUUUGUGUAGAAAGACAAUGCAGAAGCUGUUUAUCGGCUUGGGUUGUGGUGGGGUAGGAAAUCAUGUACAUAAGAAUUCAGUGAUAUGACGGAGUCUGAACCUUUGUUCAGACGGAGUCUGAACCUGUGUGCAGCUUAGCGGAGCCAGCCUGUGUGCUUAUUCAGAUUCUGAAGGGUAAGUGAGCACAGAUGACGUUGGCCUCCUUCAGUGUCUACUGGAAGUCACAGGGCUGUUUCUGUCUUAAGUACAUUUCCUCAUUUUCAUUAUUUCAUUAUAGCAGUAGAAUGUCAAAGUUAGGUCACCUAAUUUACAACACAACCCCAUCUCAUGUGCAGGGCAUGGCAGUCAAACAAUCAACAAUUUGUGUGAAGGAUUUGCAGAUUUAUUAUUCAUUUGGGCGUAAAAAUAAAUAGAAUUAAUCAAUGAAAACAGAUGGAAAACUUUAGGUUGACCCAAUUUAAAUAUAACGUAAUAUUUAAAUUAGUAAUAGUUUAGUACUUAAUGCUGAAAGCUUGUCUUUUUUAAAUAUUGCAUUCUAGGUCUCCAUUUCAGUCAGAUGAUAGGAACUGUAAAAUAACCGUCCAAGCUCGGGGAUAGGCUGCUGUACUUGCACAGCAGAUGGAGCUCCGAUGAUAAGCUGCUCUACCAGUAGUAGUUCUUCAGCACAUCUGACGAGACCAUCUAUUCUAGAACAUGCCUGUUGUCAGCAAAUUCCCAUCAUAUAGCCGGAUGUAGUGGUUAUCAAAAGUAGACAAACUGAAACUGCAGCUUCAGUUGAUUUGAAGGCUGACAUAUCAGCCCUUUUUUACCCUUAAAUACGAUCUUGUAACCAACAAUAUUUAAGUAAAAAAAUUUUUUCGGGUGGAAGCACCUUUUUCAUGGAUUAUAGCAGUAAGUCAAUUUGGAUAUGUCUCUAUGGAUUUUACAGUUUUAUCCCACUCUUUUAAAUUGUGUGUUGAUCUCCUGUGCACAGCCUUUUUUAGGUCAGAUCUGGCUGACUGAGCUGUUCUUUUUUUCAAGCAAUUCUUUGAUUUGUCUGGAUGCUUUGGAUUAUUAUUGUUUUUAAAGGUUCUAUUCUUUAACUUCAGCAUUCACAGUGAGAUGUCUUGAUAAUUGUAGGUUUGCAUUGUCCCUUCUACCCUAACCAAAGCCACUGUCCCCUCUGAAGAGAAGCAGACUUGUUGAAAAUAUGCACAAUGUUUGUAACAUGCAGGGAGUGCCCACUUCCUGCCAGAAAGUCCUGUGGCUUUUUUAAGGUUGCUGUUGCCCUCUUUGGUAGGUUCCAUGAUAAGCUUUCUCCUUGCAAUUUCAUCACUUUAUGUCCUUGCAAUGUGUUGAUGGUGCCAUUUAGCCUCAACUUAUUCGUGAUGGUCUACAGUGUUCUAUAAUAUGUAAUGUCUUAUUUCCAUCCCCUGAUCUAUACCUUUUUAAAAGUCAGAUCUUGUAGAUCUGAUCAACUCUGGAUUUCAAAGCCAGUUCCACUCCAUUUUGUCAUUGCAACUCUCCAAUCAAGGACUUGUUUGACACCAGGUUGGUGCAAUUAUUGUUGAGGUUGAACAGGACAGCAGGCUCAAGACCUCAUUGGGUAAGUGUUGAAUACUCCUUCUGUAGAUCUUUAGUUUGGUCCUUGUGGCCAGGGCAAGCUCCAGGCAUAAGCAACAUAAGCGGUUGCUAUGGGUCCCUGACUGCUUGGGACCCCCCGACUGAUAGGAAAUUUUGCUUAGGCCCCCCAAAAGGCUAGAGCUGGCACUGCUUGUGGCCCAUGGCUAUCUACAUUAUGCAAGAAAGAAACCUUCAAAUAAACAGUACAGAAUUUUAAAUAUUUUUUUUAGGGCUAAUCAGAAACAAAGGUGCAUUAUGUUCUAGAAGCAUAGAUUACCAGAAGACAGUAAAUGUUUUAAGCAGAUGUUCCCAAGUAAAUUUUGUUGGUUACAAUAUGUUAUUAGAGGUGAAAAGCCUUACACAAUUAAUCUUGAUUUCAUCUUUUACACAAACAAAAGCUGCAUUUUGUAUAAGGGUUUAUAGACUUGAUAUCCAGUGUAGGAUUUAAACAAAAUGUAUUUAUCUAUUUUUAUUCUCCGAAGUCUAUUUUUUUUCCCCCAAUUUCAUGAUAUCCAAUGAUUGACUACAGCCAUAGUCUGGGAAUUGAAAUACUCCAUACUUUUGUUGCUAAUUUAUUAAACUUUAGGGUAGUUUUGUUAGACAUCUGUAGGAAAUGGCAUCUGCACCCAAAGCAGCAGGAAGUAGGUGUGCUGCAGCACCCCCUGACGAGACUAGCAGUGUGUUCGUCGGUUGGUGUGGCGCGUGCCAUUUCGGCCAACGGGCAUGUGUUGUCCCACAGUGCUCUAGAUUAACGUGUGUCAUUGUGGCCGACGGGCACACGUCACAGUGCAUUUGAUAACUUAAUUACACCACACGAUCAACCAUUAUCAACACCCCCUGCUCAAAAUAUCUUUGCACGCCAGUGCCUGCACACAUUGUACUACAAGCCAGUGAAGUCCCUUAUUUAAACUCUUACAAAGCGAUAUGAUCCUUGACAGGUGAAAAAUAUUACUUGGCCAGUGUCCUCUGCCUUCUGCUAGUCUUUGACUAAAUUAUGUGACUGACAAUUUUACAAAGAUGUUGUCCUGCUUUGUAGGCCACCCUGCUGCUGUCCAGAAUCAGGACACCAACCUCGCAAUUGUUUUUUGCGGUAGGACAUAGCAUUCCCAGCAAAUGUGGUAUGCAAAGUCCAAAAUAAGUCAAAUACUUCUAGUUGGUGCGCAUGUUUAACCAUUUUAAGAGCUGGUAUGUUUUUCCCAUGUAUGCUUCAUUGGUGAUUCAACAUGUAUAUCUUUACUGGUACAAAACCACUAAGGAAGUCCUGUAUUUCUACACUUUUGUUUAAGCCAUGUUUUUACCAUUUAGCAGUUUUAUUGUUUUUUCACAUCAAAUGUUACCUUGGCUAAUUAGGUAGAGGAAAUAUAAAAAUAUUUUAGAAUUGUUAAGCUCUUGGAGUGGAUGUAGAUCAUUUUUGCUGCAGGAGUAGUGGGAUGGAUUCCAACCCAUGCUGCCGUGGGACCUAGGCACUGGUCAAAGCAACAGAAGAUUGGUGAACAUUGGUGUUCAAACAUUACUAAUGUUACUAGUUUGCCAUGGCCAACAUAUUUCCACGUUGUUUCUCGAAAACUGACACUUGAAUGGGGAUGUUACAAAACUGCUUUUAUGACACAAGUGAACUGCUUGUCCAAGUUACUAUUUCAGGAUCAUGGGGUUGUGCAAGUCUUCUAUGUCAACUAUGGAUUUUAAACGUGAAGGUAAAUAUACAUUUAGUAAGAAAUAAUGGGCAUUCUUCUGAGGCUGGUGAAAGUAUUUCCUGAAUAGUUUUAUUUUACUCUAUUUUCUUUCGUUACAUUUUAGUCAUUUAGCAGACUCCAUUAUCCAGACUGACUGUAGAUUUACUUUCUAUUGUAGGUGCUGAUUAGUUUGCCAUGCCAUUUGUGUGAUGAACCAUUGAGAAUGUUGCAACUCUGAGGGAGUUAUUAUGCCAUUUGGGUGUAGCUGCCAUCGACAACCAGACCAUUUAAUUCAUAGCUACCAGUAAAGCAGGUUUCUGAAAACGACAUCAUACUAAGCAGGAAGACUUCCUGCUCAUAGCUACUACCAAGAACAACAAUAAUCAAGCUGUUCUGAUUUGUGCAUAGAUGUAUUUACAUAAAUGUUCCAAAGAUAAUUGUUUUACUAAAAGACACCUGAUUGGUGUCUGAAGUUUAAUACAUUUGUAGAUGUUGUUUUCAGCACUUUAAUAUCAGAUAUCAAUGUGAUGUCAUUUCAGAUUAACACCCAUGUCUCACUCAAGGUUAAAGACAUAAUAGUUUGGGUAAAACACUCCCAAUUGUAAGAGGCUGUUUAUUUGUUAUUCUUUUUAAAUCUAAAUGCAAGGCCUUUUCGCCCUUUGCUUGUAGUUGUCCCCCUCGCCCCCCUAACAGAUGACUGCAAGGCAGGUACUUUAUUGCUGCAACAUGCUUAGCCACCUUUUCAUAAUUAUUUACAGUCAUCUGUCACCAGUGGCCAGUGAUGUAAAAACAUCUUUCACUACACAACCUUUCCUGGGGGGAUAUAAGUUCACAGAAAAUUAGGCCAGAUUAAAAAAUCAGGGGAACUUCCCCUUUAACAACUAGAAAUACUGUUGCCAUAAAUGCCAGCAGUGCAACACUUUACAAAUAUAUAUUAACUGUGGACAUUUUCUUAAAUACUGUACAUAAUAUUAUUUUGACGAUCAAAUGUGACUUUUGACUGCUCUGUGAUUAGUCAGUCCCCACCAAAAUACUCCCAUAUAAAACAAUUAAUUAGCAUAGUAAGGAAAUCCUUUUUUCCACUAGAGAAGUGGGAAAUAAUCUGAAUUUUAGAGGUCAGUUGUUGCUUUAAUCUGUGUCAAUGAUAUGCUUAGAAUCUGAGUGCAAAAAUCAGGAAUUGGUCUUCAAGAUUGUCUAUUAAUGUAUGGUUGGGUCCAUACUGUUAAUCAGACAUGACCUGUUUUAUGGAAAUACAUGUUGAUGUACUGUAAUAUAUCCAUUAUUGUGCACUUUGAACAUACAUAUACCUACAGCAAUGAACAAUAUUUAUUUUUAAAAAAUGUCAUAAAUUUUUUUAGUUAUGACUUCCAAAUUGUUUUGAAUUUUGUGAAUUGAACGUCUUUGCACAUUAGUGUCUAUAUUAUGCAACGUGUAAAUGGAUGGCCUUUUGUCACUUGACAUUAAGACUAGGACUAAUCAACUGAACUUUAGUUAAGAUGUUUUUAUAUUAAAGUAUUCAAUUUAAUCAGA